CCUUCGCCGCCGCCGGCGGCAACCCCCCAACGCACGGUCCUUGAGUUAGUGGGACCCAGGAGCCGGCGUUACGACCUACCUUCCAACUCAAAAUUUAGAUCGCCCACGGGCCUUACCGACUCCCGUCACCUCUCCAGUCUCCAAAAAGGGUUCUUCUUCCACGUUCAAACUUAAACCUAACAAUUUGGAAGGGUAUUGAGACCAACUCAUCGUUAGGAUCGACGACCCAUUCAGACGCUGACUCGAAAUAUCUUUUGACUUUGAAGCAUCCUAGAGGAAACAGAGUCCUUUAUCUUCCCAUCCUGUGGAGGGAGAGAGAGGGAGAGAGAGAGAGAGAGAGAGAUGGGGAAGGGGAUAUUGGAGGUGCAGCUGAUUGACGCAAAGGGACUGGCAUCCACUGAUUUCUUAGGUGGGGAUACAGAUCCGUAUGUGCUGAUCCAAUACAGGAGCCAAGAGCGCAAGAGCAGCAUCUGCCGAGGUGCAGGCCAAGGAAGCAAUCCAUCAUGGAAUGAAACAUUUAAGUUUGUGGUUCACUCUCCAAGCGGCGAACACCAGCACAAGCUCAUCCUCAAACUUAUGGACCAUGACACUUUCACAGCCGAUGACUUCAUGGGCGAGGCGACGAUCAAUGUGAUGGAUGUGAUUGCUCUGGGCAUGGAGAACGGAAUCGGGGAGCUACGCCCUUGCAAGCACAGGGUUGUCCUAGCCGACGGGACUUACUGUGGAGAGAUUCGAGUUGGUGUCAAAUUUACUACAGAGAUGAAAGAAGAGGAGGAAGAGGAGGAACUCGGCGGGUGGAAACACAGCUUUCGCUCCUAAACUUUUUUAGAAUUUCUCAAUCAUCUGUACGACCAUCAUGGGACUUGAAGAUUGAGUGUCCAGUAUCUCAGAAGCUAUGCCAACAACAGCGACCACUUCAUCCUCGUCGACAAUCCAUCAAACACCUUGUCUCUAAUAGUAUUACCAGCAGUCCAGCACUAGAGUUCGGAUACAUUGAAAAUAGUGUUAUAGCACACCACUGAGAUGGGAAGUGAGAUAAAAUUCCUCUAUGUAAGUGCAUAUUGAUUUGCAAUUUAUCCUUCCACUGUAACCAAUAACCCGUGUUUGUUCUCGGAAAAAAUAAGCAUGUUA